AUGCAAGCACAGAAGGAGCCUCCUUCUGACUUGCAAUGCAAGGACAAGUUUUUGCUUCAGAGUGUAGUUGCAAGUCCCGGUGCAACACCAAAAGACAUGACUCCAGAAAUGGUGAAGACUACGAAUCCGAAGAAAUAUUGCGUCCGACCGAACACUGGAAUUGUUUUGCCUCGAUCAACAUGUGAUAUCACUGUGACAAUGCAAGCACAGAAGGAGCCUCCUUCUGACUUGCAAUGCAAGGACAAGUUUUUGCUUCAGAGUGUAGUUGCAAGUCCCGGUGCAACACCAAAAGACAUUACUCCAGAAAUGUUUACUAAGGAGGAAGGACGUGUUGUUGAAGAGUGCAAGUUGAGAGUGCUUUAUGUUUCCCCACCUCGACCACCAUCUCCAGUUGCAGAGGGAUCCGAUGAGGGUUCUUCACCAAAGACGACUGCUAUGGAGAAUGGCAAUCUGAAUGGCAGUGAGGUUACUAGAAUGUUUGUUGAUAGUCACGAAAAUUCACCUGAGGUCUAUCAGUUUGCAUAUGUUUGCUAUCUGUUGUUGUCAACACUGGGACUUACUGCUGUGAUGGCCUAUUUGGAUCUGUAUUCUAAUUCUCAGGUACGCUCACUUAUUUCAAAAUUGACCGAAGAAAAAGCUGCUGCAAUUCAACAGGGUGCCAAACUUCGUCAAGAAUUGUUACUCUUGAGGCGUGAUAACAGCAAAACCGGAGGUGGAGUCUCCAUCAUGUUCGUUAUCAUAAUUGGUUUGCUGGGCGCUGUUUUGGGGUACCUCAUGAAAAGGACAUAA